AUGAAUAUCUUUCGAUUUCUUGCGGACAUGUCACAUGUUCUCAGUAUUCUUCUUCUUUUACAAAAGAUUCGUAGCAGCAAUUCUGUUGCCGGCAUUUCAUUCAAAACACAAGCUCUGUAUGCACUUGUUUUUGUGACGAGAUAUCUCGAUGUUUUUAUUUAUUUUGUGUCAAUAUACAACACAGCUAUGAAGAUUCUAUUUCUGGGAACAUCAUUUUAUACCCUACAUGUUAUGUACAAGAAGCGUGAUAGCGGCACCAUUGCUGCCAACACCAUUGACACUUUCCGUGUUGAGUUUUUGCUUAUCGGAUCACUUGCGUUGGCUUUGAUUUUCCCAUCUGAACGAAUUUACUCGGUUACAAACAUUUUAUGGACUUUUUCCCUGUGGCUCGAAUCAGUGGCCAUUCUUCCACAGCUCUUUAUGCUGCAACGUACUGGUCAGGCUGAAUCUUUGACUGUCCACUAUAUUUUUGCGCUGGGAUUGUACCGUGGGUUUUACGUCCUCAAUUGGAUUUACAGAUAUUACUUUGAUAACUGGUUCAGUCUGACGUCGUUUGUCACGGGUAUUAUCCAAACCGCGUUAUACUCAGACUUUUUCUGGGUUUAUUACCAAAAGGUCUUGAAAGGCAAGAAGUUUGAACUUCCCCAGUAA